GAGUUUUGGAUAGAUUCAAAAAAUAUAGUACUCAUAUAUUAUAUAUCCAUAUAUAUAAAAAGCCUCUUAUAUAUAUAAACCGAUUAGUAAAUCAAGUUUAUUAAAAAAAUGGAGCUAGGUGCCACGAAUAAUGUCAGUGAUUCAGGUAGUGCUUCAAUAAAUGGAAUGCCAGUCGAAGCGCACGAUCCGAGCUACUUGGACGCAUAUCGUCGGUCCAUACAAAACCCCGCGGCAUUCUGGGAGCAGUUGGGCAAACUACUAGAUUGGGACCGGCCUUGGAAACAGGUCCUGGACAAUAGUAACCCACCCUUUACCAAAUGGUAUGUGGGCGGCUAUUUGAAUGCCUGCUAUAAUGCCAUCGACCGUCACAUCUUGGCCGGCAAGGGCGAUAAGGUGGCGCUUAUUCACGACAGUCCGCUGACAGACACCAUCCGACAUGUGACCUAUCAGGAGUUAUACGAUCAAAUAAUAUUGCUGGCCGGUGGGCUGACCAAACUGGGAGUGGAGAAGGGCGACCGUGUCGUCAUUUAUAUGCCUCUCAUACCGGAAACGAUAAUCGCGAUGCUUGCCGUUGUGCGACUCGGUGCCGUGCAUUCCGUUGUCUUUGGCGGCUUUGCGGCCCGGGAGCUUUGCUCUCGCAUUGAACAUGUGGAACCGAAGAUAGUAAUAGCAGCCAAUGCGGGCGUAGAACCGGGGAAGGUGGUGCCCUACCUGGAUAUUAUGCAUUCAGCAAUCAACAUGUCUCGCUGGAAGCCAGAAAAACACAUUAUCUAUAUGCGCGAAAAAGUGACAUCUCCUGGUGUGCUGGAUGCGCAGAGCGAUCUAUUGUGGUCCAGUGUGCUCAAUAUGGGCAAGGGCGGUCAGGCGGUGCCUUGCGUACCCAUCGAGGCAAACGAUCCGCUCUAUAUACUCUACACCUCAGGAACCACGAACAAACCCAAGGGUGUGCUGCGCACCAUUGGCGGCCACUUGGUGGCUUUGAUGUACACUUUGAAUAAGAUCUAUGGUGUUAAUGCGGGAGACACUUGGUGGGCUGCCUCUGAUAUGGGAUGGGUGGUGGGUCACUCGUACAUUUGCUAUGGUCCAUUGUGUCUGGGAGCUACCAGUGUUAUGUAUGAAGGAAAACCGGAUCGCACUCCAGACCCCGGACAGUACUUUAGAAUUAUAGAUCAACAUAAGGUUUGCUCCAUUUUUUCGGUGCCGACCUCUUUUCGUGUCAUUCGCCGCGCAGAUCCAGAUAUUAGCUAUGGUCGCCAGUAUUCCAUGAAAUCAUUGCGUGCUAUUUUCAUUGCUGGCGAGCAUUGUGACUUCGAGACUAAGAUGUGGAUACAGAAAACGUUCAAGGUGCCGGUGCUAAAUCAUUGGUGGCAGACGGAGACGGGCUCGGCGGUCACAGCCACCUGUUUAGGCUUCAACCAGAAUCUUGACCCACCAAUGUAUUCCACCGGCUUACCCUUAGUUGGCUACGACAUCAAAGUACUCAAGCCCGAUGGCACGGAAUCGCAGCCCAUGGAAUUGGGUCGUAUUGUGCUUAAACUGCCACUUCCUCCAGGAAAUAUGGCUACUCUUUAUAGAAGUGAUGACCUCUACCGCAAGCUAUACUUUCAAAAGUUUCCGGGUUACUACGAUACCAUGGACGCUGGCUAUAGGGAUGAGCUGGGCUAUGUCUUCGUAACCGCUCGCGAUGAUGAUGUCAUCAAUGUGGCCGGGCAUCGGCUAUCCACUUCUAGCUUGGAAGACGCUGUGCUGCGCCAUCCAGACGUCGUGGAUGUUGCCGUGUUCGGAGUACCGGAAGCAACCAAGGGCCAAGUGCCGCUCUGUCUGUACAUCCCCGUCGAGGGAUGCACGAAAACUGAUGCCAAGCUAUCAGCGGAGAUUAUCAAACUUAUACGGGAUGUUGUGGGUCCAAUAGCGGCAUUUCGUCUGAUUACAUCGGUGAACAACUUGCCACGGACGCGUUCUGGGAAAACUAUGCGCAAGGCUAUGGCAGAUUUCGCCAAGAACGAACGUGUCGUCCUUCCAGCGACUAUCGAUGAUGCUAGUGUCUUCAUUGAAAUACGACGAGCCCUGCAACACUUGGGCUAUGCAAUGAGUGCCCCCGACCCUAUUGUGGCCAAGCUAUUGGACUAGUUGCUAAUCUUAAUUGCCCUUAGGGUAUUUAUGCAGGACUUGCUCAAAGAAUAUACUAUAUAGACAUAUACAUACAUAUAUAAUACACUGGUAACUACAUUGAAAAAUUAUUUCAUUAGUGAUUUUUAACGAAUAAAACAACAUCACUAUAAUGGCUAUAAAAGAGCUAUGAAAUUAUCGAA